AUGAAGACGUUACCCCCGAACAAUACAAACUGCAAGCUGCAAGCAAGUGUGAGCGAGCGGCGGCGACACGACGCCGGCACGAGAACGCGGCGUGUCCCCGCGAUCGCCAUUGGCCCGUUCCGCACGUGGCCUGAUCUCGUACCAUGGCAACGCACCGCACCCCGCGCGUCGCGCCACGCUCCCCGCCGCUCGAUUAUUCGCGGACGCGCAGUCGGUCGCCUUCUCGCUGAUCACAGUCGCGCUGCAGUCUCGCGACGGUACGUCUUUUCGUUGAUCCGCCAGACU